CGGAAAUGUGACGUCACACAAUGGCGGCCUCCAUGUGGCUGUAGAAUCAACGUGAUUUUGCUCAUGUUUUCUAAUCUGUAACGUUUAGAAAAAUCAUCCAAAAAAUAGUUUAAAAAUCGGUGGAAACCAUAAUAAGGUCCUCAGAGGGAACCUGCUUUAGCUGAGAAUCAGUGUUUAUAUCUGAGAUGGCUUCAUUUAAACCCACCAAAGUUCAGUUCCUUCCUAAACUAGGAGAGACCGUAACAGAGGAUACGCUGUACUGGAAGAAUUACAAGUCUCCCGUGCAAAUAAAAGAGUUUGGUGCUGUAACAAAGAUCGACUUCUCUCCUCUUCCACCUCACAAUUAUGCCGUCACAGCCUCCACCAGAAUCCACGUAUAUGGACUUCACUCUCAAGAGCCCAUACGGAGCUUCACACGUUUUCGGGAUACAGCGUAUGGAGGAAGCUUCAGAGGCGACGGGAAGCUUUUAGUAGCAGGAAGUGAAGAGGGUCUCAUCCGUCUGUUUGACAUCAGCGGCCGAGUGGCUCUCAGACAAUUCACAGGACACUCCAAGGCGGUACACAUGACCUCGUUCCUGUCUGACGGGUUUCGUGUGGUGUCGGGGUCUGAUGACCUGACGUGCCGUGUGUGGGAUGUUCCCAGUGCUGUUGAGCUCAGCUCAAUAACUGAACACACAGACUAUAUCAGAGCUCUCGCCCCCAGCAAACUCAACCCAGAUCUGUUUGUCACAGGUUCGUAUGACCACACAGUGAAAGUGUUUGACAUGCGGUCAGGGAGCAGUGUGAUGACCAUGCAACACGGCCAUCCUGUGGAGUGUGUGCUGUUGUACCCGUCAGAAGUCCUGCUGGUGUCCACAGGAGGGCGCUAUGUGAAAAUUUGGGACCUGUUGAAAGGCGGACAGGAGCUUGUUUCUCUUAAGAAUCAUCACAAAACAGUUACGUGUGCAUGUCUGAGUUCUGUAGGCAACAAACUGCUCACAGGAUCACUGGACAGGCAUGUCAAAGUGUAUAACUCCUCUUAUAAGAUUGUACAUAAUUUCGACUGUGAUGCAUCCAUCCUCAGUAUGGCCGUUGCGCCUGAUGAUGAAGUGGUUGCUGUGGGGAUGACCAAUGGUGUGCUGAGUGUCAGGCACAGGAAACACAAAAAAGACAAAGAGACGUUAACUAGUCGAAGGCGACGGGGCCCGUCAUACCGGGUCUUUGUCAAGGGGAAGAACUUUGUGCCCAGACAGGAUGAUUUCUUGGUCAGUAAACCAGUGAAGCAAUAUCUACGGAAAUAUGACAAACAGCUGAAAAGUUUUGCGGUGUCCAAAGCGCUGGACACUGCUCUGCAGACAUGGACACGCACCAGUAAACCAGAGGUGACCGUAGCGGUUAUCAUAGAGCUCAACCGCAGAGGAACUCUGAAAAAUGCUCUCGCAGGACGAAAUGAAGAGAGCUUAACCAAGAUCCUCAACUUCCUUCUCAAGUGAGUAAAUCUCUCACAUCUUU